CAGGUUUCCUCCAGCGCCUCAGUCCGUGCAGCAACUCCAGCGCUUUGUCCACACAACCUUUCUAUCCUGGAAUGCCAUGGCGACGCUACCAGUAGGAGCAUCUGUAGAUGACGCAAAGAUGGCAGCUGGGCACGACUAUUUGCAGUGGAAGGAGUUCUACAGGCUUACGUUGGAAGAGGCGAGGGCUUUAUUGGAUAAAAAUCCAGAUCAAACCUGGACGAAACUCCCAUACUCGGAGAAGUGCCGCAUUACUGAAAAGGUGAACGAUACGCUUGCAACUCAGCGUAUACCAAGGGUAUCGAGCGAUGUUGUGCACUGGCGGAUGACUUACGCCGUGCGUGACACCAAGAAGGGGGCCACGAGCGCUUCUUCCACGACUCAAGGCUCUUCAUCAGCUGCCUCAGCGGCGCGGCCGUACGACCCGGUGCGGGAUAUCUGAGACGAGACCAGUCAUGCGUUCUGCAUGCAGCUGCAGAGGACAUGAAUUUGCGGGGGCGGGAUAAUUGACAGGGUAGCUGGGUUGCAGCAAACAGAGACUUGUAAUGCGAUGAAUUCUGC